AUGAUUAUGAGAAAGUCCAAGAUAUCAGCCUCAAGGAAGCUUAUGCUGAAGAGUUUGUUGGUGGCCAAAGCCAAGGAGGAGCUGGAUCAGGAAGUGUUAGAUAAGGAGGAGGAAAAACACGGGUAUCUGUCAGAGAAAGCUCCUCCUCUGCAGACACAGGGCAUGUCCUUUGCUGAGCUACAGGAACUGUGUCAAGAGCUGCAUGCAAAGAUUGAUGUGGUGGAUGAGGAGCGCUAUGAUAUCGAAGCCAAAGUCUUACUGAAUAAGCGUGAGAUCAAAGACCUGAACAUUAAGGUUCUGGACCUGAGGGGAAAGUUCAAGCGACCCACCCUGAGGAGGGUGAGGGUUUCUGCAGAUGCCAUCCUCCGAUCUCUCUUAGGCUCAAAGCACAAAGUCUCAAUGGACCUCAGAGCCAAUCUUAAAUCUGUGAAAAAAGAGGAUACUGAGAAGAAGAGGCCAGUUGAGGAUAGUGACUGGAGGAAGAACGUGGAGGCCAUGUCUGGUAUGGAGGGAAGAAAGAAGAUGUUUGAUGCGGCAAAAGGCCCCGCCCAGUGAACCAUUAUCCAGUGAGGUUAAGAGGGAAGUUUAUGCAACUUUUUGUUUGACAAAUUUAUUUAAUCUAAAAAGGGUUAGGUUUAAAGUGAAAUACUAAAUAUUCCAAUAUCAUAUACAGUAGUCUAACUUUAUUUCAGAUGUUGUAAACAGUGUAUUGACAAAUGUAAUGCAUUGUAACCACUUUGCGUUAGAGUCAAAUAAUUGCAACUUUAAAGUGGCUGAUAAGUGAAUACCAGCUUAGUUUAUCUUUCAUCACAUUAUUUGGGAGAAUCAACAUUUCUAUCAAGGUGUUGUACAGCACCAAUGCAUAUAUGUUUAGCUUUGCUAGAUUUGACAUGCUCUGUUUGAAAUGUUGUUUUUUGAAAUGUUGUUGAGUCAAAAAUACACAUAGAGACAGGCCCUUUAAGACAAUUACAAUAAGGUUCUUCCAAAAUUGCAUGUAAAUGUAUAAUUGCACUGUUAAAAAAAAUGUAGACCAACAUGGCUAUUUUUACCAUUCACACUGAAAGUGAGAUAACUUUUUUUUUGUUUUUUUUGUUUUUUUGCAUGUUAUACCAGUAAAAUGCCUGAAGAACAAAUGUGUUGUAUUGUGUUUCUUUGUUUAGUCUAAUCUUAUUCAAAUGUUCUUUAAAUUCCUAUUGAAUGUAGGCCAUAGGAUCGUGAAGAGAUGAUUAGAUAAGGAAGAGCUUCCAUCUGAAGACUGUGGACUCCAACCCUUUAUUUGCAUAGUGGAUAUAUCUGUCUCCCCUGUGUUGGCAUUGGGUGGGGUGUUCAGGCCUCUUAUGUUGCUUGCUUUAGUUCUUUAACGUUUAACAGUGAAGUUCAUUAUGGCGUUUUUUAUGUUUCUUUUCUCUACUUGCAUAACUGAACAGGCUAAACAAUAAAUACACUAAACAAUAUU